AUGCCUUCACUCGUUCUCUCUGACAGUGACACCACCCCCCAAGAAAAUAAGAAGCACGGCGCCAGGAAAGCCAAGAGCCAAUCCCCAACCAUCAUUGCAGAGAAGAAGAGUGCCUCCAAACUCCUCUCCAAUUCCAACGCCCCCGAUCCCGACCACGAUGGGGUCUCGGGGAAGCUCCAGAAGAAGGCGAAGAAGCGCAAGGCUUCAGAUAUAGAGGCCAUGGCGGCGACCAACGAUGCCGACGACGAAACUAGUUCCGAGCUGGUCGAGCCCGAACCUUCUAGAGAAGACGACCACAAGAAGAAGAAAAAGAAGAAAAAGGCCAAGUCCGAGGAACAGACUUUAGUGAUGGAAGCAGAGGAAAAAGAAGAGAAGAAGGAGGAUCCUAAUGCUGUCUCCAAAUUCAGGAUAUCCGAACCGUUGAGGCAAAAAUUAAAGGAGAAGGGCAUCGAAUCAUUGUUUCCGAUUCAGGCCAUGACUUUCGAUUUAGUACUCGACGGCUCUGAUUUGGUUGGUCGGGCUCGCACUGGUCAGGGUAAAACUCUGGCAUUUGUGUUGCCCAUAUUAGAGUCUUUAACAAAUGGUCCAGCCAAAGCUUCAAGAAAGACUGGCUACGGGAGGACUCCAAGCGUUCUUGUGCUUCUACCUACUAGGGAAUUGGCUUGUCAGGUGCAUGCUGAUUUUGAAGUUUAUGGUGGGGCCAUGGGAUUGAGCUGUUGUUGUUUGUAUGGUGGAGCUCCAUAUAACACUCAAGAAAUUAAGCUUCGGAGAGGUGUUGAUAUCGUAAUUGGCACACCAGGUCGUGUUAAGGAUCAUAUCGAGAGGGGCAAUAUAGAUCUGAGCCAACUAAAAUUUCGUGUCCUUGAUGAAGCAGAUGAAAUGCUGAGAAUGGGUUUUGUUGAAGAUGUUGAAUUGAUUCUAGGUAAGGUGGAAAAUGUUAAUAAAGUUCAGACUCUUCUUUUCAGUGCUACUUUGCCAGACUGGGUUAAGCACAUUGCUGCACAAUUUCUGAAGCCAGAUAAGAAAACUGCUGACCUGGUUGGAAAUACAAAAAUGAAGGCUAGUACCAAUGUGAGGCAUAUUGUUAUCCCUUGUUCUGCCUCUGCUAGGUCCCAACUUAUCCCAGACAUUAUUCGCUGUUAUAGCAGUGGAGGCCGGACAAUUAUAUUUACCGAGACAAAGGAGUCUGCUUCUCAGCUUGCAGGGUUGUUACCUGGAGCAAGAGCUCUUCAUGGGGACAUACAGCAAGCUCAACGUGAGGUUACUCUGUCUGGCUUUAGGUCUGGGAAAUUCAUGGCAUUAGUUGCGACAAAUGUGGCAGCUCGAGGUCUUGAUAUUAAUGAUGUUCAGUUAAUUAUCCAGUGUGAGUUCCCACGGGAGGUAGAAUCCUAUAUCCAUCGUUCUGGACGGACAGGAAGAGCAGGUAAUACUGGGGUUGCUGUUACGCUUUAUGAUCCAAAAAGAUCUAAUAUAUCUAAAAUAGAAAGAGAGUCCGGUGUAAAAUUUGAACACAUAUCUGCCCCUCGGCCUGAUGAUAUUGCCAAAGCUGUCGGUGGGGAAGCUGCUGAAAUGAUUACCCAAGUAUCUGAUAGUGUGAUUCCGGCAUUCAAAGCUACUGCCGAAGAGCUUUUGAAGAGUUCUGGUUUAUCAGUUGUUGAAUUGCUUGCAAAGGCUCUUGCAAAGGCUGUUGGUUAUACCGAAAUAAAGCAAAGAUCACUUCUCACUUCCAUGGAAAACUAUGUUACAUUGCUUCUUGAAAUUGGGAAACCAAUCUUCACCCCUUCUUUUGCGUAUGGAAUCUUGAGGAGAUUCUUGCCUGAAGAGAAGGUGGAGGCUGUGAAAGGUCUUUCACUCACUGCUGAUGGAAAUGGUGCUGUUUUUGAUGUACCUGCUGAAGAUUUAGAUACAUAUCUUAGCGGUCAGGAAAAUGCUGCUAAUGUAAGUCUAGAGGUGUUGAAAGCUUUGCCACGUUUGCAACAGAGAGAUCAAUCAAGGGGUGGUAGAUUUGGUGAUGGUGGUGGUCGUGGUGGUGGGCACAGGUUUGGAAGAGGAGGAGGAGGCAGGAACGGUAGAUUUUCAAAUGAUAGGUUUUCCAAUGGUGGUGGAAGAGGUGGUCGUGGCAACUGGGGUGGAAAGAGAUGGUGA